AUGCCCAAGUUCCACGCCUCUCUCAACAACGACCAUGCCGAAUUCAUCAACGCACAGCCUCUCUUCUACGUCGCCAGUGCACCCUGGGCAGGCGACCACAUCAACAUCUCGCCCAAGGCCCACCCAAGUCAGACCUUCAGCAUCCUGGGCCCCAACACAGUCGCCUAUCUAGAUGCCACAGGCCACGGCUGCGAGACCAUCUCGCACGUCUACGAGAACGGGCGUGUAACGCUCCUGUUCAGCUCCUCGGGCGUAGAGGCCAGGACGCUCAGACUCUUCUGCAGUGGACGAGUGGUGGAGAAAUGGGACCACCACUUCAACGAGCUGCGUGCCAAGAUGGCUUCGGAGAACGGUGACAGUGUUGACAUCACCGGUGCGCGUGCCAUUAUCGUUCUGAGAAUCAAGAAGGUGCAAACCAGCUGCGGUUUCAGCUUGCUACCCGGUGUCGACCAAGGCGAUGCAACAGCCUUUGCCGAUCACGAAGAUGACAGGGACGGGCGUGAAACCCUAGAGGCCUGGGCCGCCAAGAAAAUCGAGAGGAGAGAGAUGAUGGACUUUCAAAAGCAGAACAACACUGCGAGUUUGGACGGCCUGCCCGGGUUGAAGAGCGCAAUGCUGGCGCAGGAUCAGAACUUGGCCCUCGAGGAUACCAAGGCGUGGCUCAGGAAGGUCAACAGGCAACGGGAUACGGUGGCGUUUGGUGUUGGGCUGGGUUUCAUCAUCAUGAUCCUGCUCAGUCUGGUCGGCUUCAUCCACAUCGAACCGUCAUUCCUCACACAUAUUUUGAACUUUCAGAAGAGGCAGAUGGGAGGUUACCACGAUGAGCUGUGA